UGACGCGGGGGCCCGGGAAGGCGGCCGGCGCGCUGCCCCCGCCCCUGGUUAUUUGGCCGCCUUAGCCAGCAGCCCCGAGCAGUGUCUCCUGGAAGGCGCAGGCAGUGGCGAGCAGGGCGCCUUCUUAUUUUUUCUUUUCUUUUUCUUUUUUUCUUUCUUUUUUUUUUUUUUGGUUGUUUUUUUUUUUGGGGGGGGUUAAAUUUUUUUUAAACUUUUGUCUCUUUUUUUGCCCCGACUGAGCCUGGAAGUUGCUCUGAACGUUCCUCCGAGGCGGCUUUGCGGCGUCCUCGUCCGGCCCUCUCCGGGUGCAGCGACCCUCCCUAGCCGGCCGCGCGGGAACUGAGUGGGCUGCGAGGCGCCAGGCGAGCACAGGGAGAGGCCGAGCGGCCCCGAGCGAAAGGAGGCGGCCGCGGCCGGGACAGACGCAACGCGGCGGGGCCCGUAGCAGCUCGGCGCGGCCCGGACUCGGACUCGGCGGCCGGUGCGGCGCGGCCCGGCCCGAGCGAGGGUGGGGGGCGGCGGGCUGCGCCUGGCGGCGGCGAGCCGGGGCCAUGCAGGCGCGCUACUCGGUGUCCAGCCCCAACUCCCUGGGAGUGGUGCCCUACCUCGGCGGCGAGCAGAGCUACUAUCGCGCCGCCGCCGCGGCGGCCGGGGGCGGCUACACCGCCAUGCCGGCCCCUAUGAGCGUGUACUCGCACCCUGCUCACGCCGAGCAGUACCCGGGCAGCAUGGCGCGCGCCUACGGGCCUUACACGCCGCAGCCGCAGCCCAAGGACAUGGUGAAGCCACCCUACAGCUACAUCGCUCUUAUCACCAUGGCCAUCCAGAAUGCCCCGGACAAGAAGAUCACCCUGAAUGGCAUCUACCAGUUCAUCAUGGACCGCUUCCCCUUCUAUCGGGACAAUAAGCAGGGCUGGCAGAACAGCAUACGGCACAACCUCUCGCUCAACGAGUGCUUCGUCAAGGUGCCCCGCGACGACAAGAAGCCGGGCAAGGGCAGCUACUGGACGCUGGACCCGGACUCGUACAACAUGUUCGAGAACGGCAGCUUCCUGCGGCGGCGGCGGCGCUUCAAGAAGAAGGACGCGGUGAAGGACAAGGAGGAGAAGGGCCGGCUGCACCUCCAGGAACCGCCGCCGCCGCAGACCGGCCGCCAGCCCGCGCCCGCGCCCCCUGAGCAGGCCGAGGGCACCGCUCCCGGGCCACAGCCGCCGCCCGUGCGCAUCCAGGACAUCAAGACGGAGAACGGUACGUGUCCCUCGCCGCCCCAGCCCCUGUCCCCGGCUGCCGCCCUAGGCAGCGGCAGCGCCGCCACAGUGCCCAAAAUCGAGAGCCCCGACAGCAGCAGCAGCAGCCUGUCGAGCGGGAGCAGCCCCCCGGGCAGCCUGCCGUCGGCGCGGCCGCUCAGCCUGGACGCUGCGGAACCCGCCCCGCCGCCACAGCCCGCGCCGCCGCCGCCGCAGCAUCACAGCCAGGGCUUCAGCGUGGACAACAUCAUGACGUCGCUGCGGGGGUCGCCGCAGGGAUCGGCCGCGGAGCUCGGCUCCGGCCUCUUGGCCCCGGCGGCUGCGUCCUCGCGCGCGGGCAUCGCGCCCCCGCUGGCGCUGGGCGCCUACUCGCCCGGCCAGAGCUCCCUCUACAGCUCCCCCUGCAGCCAGAGCUCCAGUGCGGGCAGCUCGGGCGGCGGUGGCGGUGGCGGCAGCGGCGGUGGCGGCAGCAGCAGCAACGCAGCGGGUUCGGGGAGCGCCGCCACCUACCACUGCAACCUGCAGGCCAUGAGCCUGUAUGCGGCGGGCGAGCGUGGCGGCCACUUGCAGGGGCCGUCCGGAGGCGCGGGUAGCGCGGCGGUGGACGACCCCCUGCCCGACUACUCGUUGCCCCCAGCGACCAGCAGCAGCUCUUCAUCCCUGAGUCACGGCGGGGGCGGCCAGGAGGCCAGCCACCACCCUGCGUCCCACCAAGGCCGACUCACUUCGUGGUACCUGAACCAGGCAGGUGGAGACCUGGGCCACUUGGCGAGCGCCGCGGCCGCCGCAGCCGCCGCGGGCUACCCUGGCCAGCAGCAGAACUUCCACUCGGUGAGGGAAAUGUUCGAGUCGCAGCGGAUCGGCUUAAACAACUCUCCGGUGAAUGGGAAUAGUAGCUGUCAGAUGGCUUUUCCUGCCAGCCAGUCUCUGUACCGCACGUCGGGGGCUUUCGUCUAUGACUGCAGCAAAUUCUGACCUUAUUCCCGGCACUCUUAGAGCCAAAUGGAAUGGAACCCCCAGAGCAGGAACAGUAAAAGAACCUAGCAAUGCAAAAUCGAAACUAAACACCUAUAAAAUUUAAAACUUGAGAAGAUUCAUCACACCAGCGAACAGAAUCUCUCCUGAAAUUCAACUCACCAGCAUCAGCCCAAAGAAAGCCUAUUUUCCUAAAAGAUUAAUGCAGAACCUUCUCCAUUUUUGCCUUAUCUAAGUAAGCAAAACCGUAAACUAUUUUGUACAGACAGCAAAAUCAUGGUUUAUUAAAGGACAGUUUACUCCAGAUACCACGUAAGUUUCUUGCGUUCAGAGACUCGCUUUCCUGCUCAUUCGUCUUCCCCUCUGCCUCUGCCUUGCCUCUUACCUGUAAGAUAAUAUUUUAUCCUAUGUCGAAAGAAGGGGGAAAGUCCCUGUUUAUGAAAAUCGCUUUCUUUUUAUUCAUGGACUUGUUUUUAAAUGUAAAUUGCAACAUAGUAAUUUAUUUUUAAUUUGUAGUUGGAUGUUACGGACCAAACACCAGAAAGUGUUCCAAAAGCUUUUCAAGUUAAAUUGCCUGAAACUUUUAAAAUGUGCCUUUUCUCUCAUUAUAAAAAAGGGAAACUGUAUUAAUCUCAUUCUAUCAUUCUUUUCUUUUUGUUGAUCAUAUCCAUUGUUUGUUUAUUAAUAAAUUGCCAUUCAGUUUGAAUAAGA